AUGUUUGUCAAGCGACCUAAGGGAACCCGCGAUUUUUACGGACCCGAGCAAUUAGUCAAAAAAACGGUUGAGCAAGUCCUUGCUCAAUUAGCCGAGCAACACGGCUUUUCUGAGAUAGAAACGCCGGUCUUUGAACACGCCCAAGUUUUUACUAAAUCGAUCGGAUCAGACACCGACAUAGUUGGCAAAGAGAUGUACCAGUUUAACGACCGCAAAAACCGCUCCCUCGUGCUCAGACCAGAGGCCACCGCUAGCGUGGUCCGGGCUUGGGUUGAGGACAAACUUUACCUUAAGUCCGACUACCACCGCCUUUACUACUCGGGGCCGAUGUUUCGUUACGAAAACCCCCAGCGCGGGCGUUACCGGCAAUUUCACCAGUUUGGAGUGGAGUACUUAGCACCCAAAGAUCCCUGCGCCGAUUUAGAAAUAAUUUUGCUGGCCGAGUCAAUCGUAAGACGUUUUGGUCUCAAAACUAAGUUGGUUGUUAAUUCGCUCGGCGACGCUGAGUCGCGAGCUAGUUAUGUCAAAGCGUUGCGAGCUUACUUUCAAAACCACCGCGCUAGUCUCAACGUGCAUUCUCAGCGCCGUUUAGAAUCAAACGUUUUGCGAAUUUUAGAUGAUAAAACUGAGCGGGGCAAAAAAGUCGUUCAAUCAGCGCCUCAAAUCGCUGAUUACUACACUCCAAGCGCCCGAAAUUACUGACAACGGUUUUGCAAUUUACUUGAUCAAAUGGACAUCAAGUACCAAGUUGACCCCUAUCUCGUGCGCGGCCUUGAUUACUACAACGACAUUAUCUUUGAAUACUUACCGGUCAAUAGUUCUCAGGGGAGCCAAAACACGGUUAUCGCCGGUGGUCGUUACGAUAAUUUGCUGGCCCAGGCCGGCGGACCGGAUCACUCUAGCGUCGGUUUUAGUUUAGGGGUUGAGCGUUUAAUCGCCCAUUUACCGACCAAGGUUAGCCAAGCAAUUAGUCCUGAACCAGCGUUUCACGUGGUUAACUUCAGUUCCGCAGGGUGUCUUUACGGUUUAAAAAUCGCCGACCAAAUGCGCCAACAAGGUUUUAAAACCGAGCUGUGA